AAUUUUUCCUAUGUCCGACUCCGACGAGGAUCACCAGCUGGAUGGGGCUGCCCACCGCAAGUUGCUGGCUGGUAUCAACAGUCUUGUUCGUACGCAAGACAUUCAAGCGCCCAUCCGUACGGAACCGUCGUUGAAAAAGUCGGAAUUUCAUGUCGUUAAGCGUGCACAGUUCGAAGAGGAUGGCCUACAACGUUCCAAGCAGCACUCCGUUGCGCUGGAAGAUUUGCUUGGGCAUUUGAAGAAAACCAACCAAUCUCAGGAUGUUGUCAAAGAUUUGUCUAUGAUUCUGAAAGGUAAGCGAAAGUUAGAGAAGCCACUGGAAAAACCGGUAGCCGAUCGUAUUUCGCGGGAUGCCCUCUAUGGUAAGGCUCAAACCGAUCUGGACCUGUGGGAGCCCGUAGUGACGUCCAUGGAAGUGGCUCCCCAGAUGGUCUUCCCGCUAAAGUAUGGAAAUGUACGAGUGAUCAGUGAAGUACCCCAGAAACUGUCUCAGUAUCGUGUGAAGUCGGACUUGAUGAAGGCGAUGGAGGAGUUGGAUGAACGCUAUCGGGAAAAGGAUACUACGGUAAAGAAAAAACCCGCCGAUAAGUAUGCUCUGACAUUGGGCGAGUUGAGACAACAACGCAAAGAGGCAGCUCUGCAAAAGAUGCGUGAGUUGUACAAAAUUUCCAAAAAUCGCAGGCUAAGCAAAAUCAAAAGUAAAAAGUAUCAUAAGCUGCAAAAAAGAGAUAAGGUACGUGCGCAAAUCAAGCAGUUUGAAGAGCUGCAGCGGACGGAUCCGGAAGCCGCCCUUCGGCAGUUGGAGGCAAUCGAAAAGCAGCGUUAUCAGGAACGAGCGACAUUGCGGCACAAAAAUACCGGUUCCUGGGCCAAAAAUAUGCAGAUCAGGGCAAAGUAUGAUAUGAACGUACGUCAGGAACUGGCUGAACAGUUGUCUAUCGGUAAAGAACUGAUGGGAAAGCGAAUGGUCACCGAGGAUGACGAAUCGUCCGAGUCCGGACAAGAAGAUGUGGCUCUGGAAGAGGAUGAGCAGGGCGAUAAUCCGUGGGUGAGAAAGCGAGGGGAACAUGAAGAGGAAGCAAAUCGGGAAUUUACGAGCGGCUACCGCAAGUACUGGCAGCAGAGAAAUGAGGCGGUGGAAGCUGCGAAAGAAAUGGAAGAUGAUAAGGCUUCCGAUUCGGGGUCAGCGAAUGGGAGCGGCGAAGAAGUGGAGCAGGAAGAGACCAGCUCAUCUGACUCAGAAGAUGAGAAAAACCUACUGGAAUUCAAGCAGAAGGUUAAAAAAUGCAAAGCAAUAUCCACUACUGGCUGGGAAGAGGAAGACACAGAAGCUGUGCCGCUAAAGAAAAAAGCUAAAAAACGGGGUUCUCGUAAAGAGGAGGAAAGUUUAGAAGACCUGUUCAACGAUGCAGAGGAACUUUUGAACCAACAUGUCGAGAAAAAGCUAGCAAAUAUUCGUGAAUCAGUUAAGCCUAAACCACUGAAAGCAAAAGCUACUCGGAAAAAUCGAAAGCAAAAAAAUCAAUCGUCUGCGCUGGCUUUCAAGAAAAAAGCGUCUCUUGCGGAUUUAGACGUGGAGCUCGAUGAAUCCGUUGAUAAAAAUGCCAAUGCCAAUUCAUCUGAAAAACAGAAAGCUAACAUUCUGCCCGAAGUCGGUGAUGGUCCGAAAGAAAUAGCGAUUGACCCACAUAAUUUUGUCCCCAUGAAACCAAGGCACCUGUUGAAUGCCGUUCCGGAUUUGGAGGUUAUUGGAGGCGAUUUGAUUGACGAUGACGACGCCGACGACGAUGAUCCGGUGGCAAAAAUUCAGCGCCAGCAAAGGUUAACCAUUGCUGAGGCCUUCGAGGACGACGACAUCGUAGUAGAUUUUGAGCAGGAAAAACAAGAGGAACGAGAUCGCAAUAAACCCAAGGAAGUGGACCUUUCGCUGCCCGGUUGGGGUCAUUGGGCCGGUGCCGGAAUAAGCCAGAAAAAAACGAACAAAACUCGUCGGAAAAUGUUCAAACCGGCGCCGGUGUUGCCCCGUCGGGAUGACAAUAAAGAAAAGGUGAUCAUAAACGAGGAUGCGGUGAACAAAAAUCUGGCCUCGCAUUUGGUCAAUGAUUUACCGUUCCCGUUCGUUAGCGUGAAAGAUUAUGAAGCUUCGCUUCGGGCUCCGCUUGGUAGGACGUUUAUACCGGAGACGGCACACACGACGUUGGUGGAACCGCGUGUGGUUACCAAGAAGGGUACAGUCAUCGAGCCCAUGAAGAAGGAUAUUCUGUUGCAGUCGAAUCCGGGCAAGAGCUUCCACGUUGGCGGAAAAUUGUAUAACAAGGCCGUCAGGAAAUAUGAAGAAUUUUUGACCAACGAUGAAGUGGCUGCAUGAGUGCAUUUCUAUUUGUAACGGUAACAAUAAAGUUUGUUUAAUAUUUUAUUGGAUAAUCUUUCAU